AUGCCGAGGUAUUUACAGUCUUGCAAAGAGUUGGACAGAGUUCGUCAAAGACAGGCAAGACUUGCAGAUGCGCUCAAUGAUCAUAUACCAAGCCUGGAGGCUCAAUUCAAGCUUGCAGUGGAAAGACUUGAUAGCUGGCUUGGCAAGCUGAAAGCUCAGCAGGACGCCGCAAAAGCAGAUACAGAUAGAGCCUUGAAGGACUUCUAUCAAAAAACACUUUUGGUAUACAAAGGGCUUCUCUUGGGCGAGGAUCAAGAGGUCUACGAAGCUUACGCUCGCGAUUCGACGGAAAAGGCAAAGCCGAAAAAAUACCAGAAGCUCGAGGAGGACCUGCGUCGACUGCAAGCUCAGAGGUCGGAUGCGCAGGACAAGAAAAGAGUGUAUCUUCGGUUUCUCAUUGUUCUUCAGACAGGUAAAGAUUUUGCAGAACGAAGGAAGGUGACAGAAGACGAUGAGGCUUCGCAAGCCGAGACACGAUUAGCGCAGAUAUAUCUCGAGGAAUUAGAGGCGUUCACACAGGAUCAAGAGGAGAGGGCGCAAACGAGGGAGCUUCUGCAUUCUCUCGCUCGGCCAACGACAUCAGCAGGGGGCCAGGUUAGCGUCAAUGAGGACGACCUCGCGACGCGACAGCCGCAGUCCAGGCCGGAACCCAACGAUGCUACAGCUGACGCCAAUCUCUCAGUCAUCUCAACCUGA